AUGUCUGCUGCCCAAGACGAAUUCAAUCAACUUGUCAACAGCAACAAAGCUACCUUCUCGACUCACCCCGAGGACCGUGACAACUCUGACCACUCGUCUGACGAGAACGACUCCACCCAUCACGACGACUAUAUCCUCGACGACGAAGACGACGAAUCCGCCAUGGCCUCCCGCACUGGCACCUGCCACAUCCCCAACACGGUCUUUGACGCCAACACCGGUCCCAAGGGUGUCAUCGCCGACGCUCAGGCCUUUGAGCGUGCUCGCAAGCGUUCCUUCCGCAGGACAUUGCUUGGUGCCGCUGGUGUUGAUCACCACCGCUCUCCCAAGUCCACUGAUGAUGCCAACCUUUUGCAAAACUCCUCUCCCCCUGAUGGAUCCGGCAGUGAAGACGAAGAUCGGUUUAUGCGCAAAUGGCGUGAGUCGCGCAUGCAGGAAUUGCAGGGCCACAACCAGAGACGUUCGAGCCCCCGUCGGAGGAUGUAUGGAACCUUCAAGGCUGUGGAUGCCGGUGGCUACUUAGAUGCCAUUGAGAAGGUCAACCCGGGUACUACUACCGUGGUGUGCAUUUAUGACCCAGAGUCCAAUGCUAGCGCUCUCGUGGAGGACUGUCUCAACACCAUUGCUCGCAGAAACCCUACUACCUACUUCAUCAAGCUUCACCACGAAAUUGCCCAAAUGGAUCACAUCGAAGCUCCCGCAUUGCUGGCCUACAAGGGAGGUGAUGUUUUUGCGACAAUUGUCGAUAUCCUCAGACACAUUCCCAAAGGCCGGAGCUGCAGUGCAGAGAGCCUGGAGGAUUUAUUAAAGGUGUACCGAGUGCUAUAA